UGGGCAGCCUAGCCAAGGAACUUAAAUACUUUGUAUGUGCGUGUUCGCGCGCGGUGUUAUUGCUUUAAGAUCCCCGACCUGGAUGGUCCAACUCCAGAUGAUCUCGGAAGCUAACCAGGGCCUGCCUUAGUUAGUAGUUGGAUGGGAGAGACUAUUGAGGAAGCCCAGCGUUGCUUUGGAGAGGCGGCGACAGCAAACCACCUCUGAACGUCUCCUGCAGCCGCUGCCUUGGAAACUUUACGGGGUCGCCGUAAGUCGCCCGCUACUUGACGGCACCGCCCACCGCCACUGCUGUAACAACUCACAGCUCGUCCUUAACACCGCCCCCCCCUCCGACCUCAGUACGUGAGCCAGUGCCAGAAUAGCAAGCGCGCUACAGAGACACCCCCCCCCUCCCAACAGCAGGCAGCUACCUGUGAAAAAGGGGAGGGAGGACGGGGAGCUCUUCCUCUCAACCCAUCUUGCCCGAGCUGCUCUGCCCGUGCCCGGGAGAGAGCAAGAAGCCAGGGAGAAAAGUCAGGAGCGCAGCAAUUUCGCCAGCAGCUUGUGAAGACACCGCCUCUCAGUGCUACCGUCUGGCUCAGGGGGCGUUCUGCGGUGGGACGACGCCUGGGCGGUCUCGAAGGCCCUGGCUCUGGCUGCUGCUCUCUCGCAAGGACGAGGCAUAACACAGCAGGCUCCUGCAGCUGCCGGCCGAAUUCAAGGACACGGCCUGGGCUGAGUGGAAGAAAGACCGCCUCGCCCAGCUCACCUGCUCCUCCUCGAUCUCUUCUUGCAUUCCGCAACCGCUCAGCUGCGUCUGCCCAGCUUCUUCCUCUGGCCGAAGGCCUCCUGCUCCUACCUAGGCAUGUGCAAUCGCGCCGGCUUUCUUCCAGCCGGCCACCAGCCUUCUGAUUCUGGAGUUCAUUCCACUGAAGGCCUGGAGGAAGUUGGAGAGGCUGUGAAAGUUGAAGAGGAAGGAAGACAGAGGAAGCCAUGGGGCUGUGUUCACUUGAUACAGGGGACCCUUGCACUGAGAAAACAGGAUCGAGAGGUGCUCAGGAAGAGGUCAAGAUGGAUGGCCAGAAGCCCAACAGUGGAGCUGCCACUCUCAAAUACCCCCAGAAGAUCUCUCUCCUCUCUUCCCCAGUGCGAGCGAUCAUCCGCCUACGGAGGACGGCCCACAUGUUGAAAAAGGGCCUCUCCCCAACAGAAAGGAAGACCCUCCAGGUAGAUCCCCAAUCAAAGCUCCUUCAGCGGCAGAUCUCCUUGGGUAAAGCCAAACUGGGUAGUGCAUCUGCUUCCAUUUUGAGCCAAGCAAGUUUUGAGAAAGCAAAGUAUUUUACUUUUGACACUGCUGAGCAGCCACCACUAACAAGAUCCAGCAAACGGAAGAAGCGGAGUAGGAACCCCCGGGUGUUGUAUCCAGGCAGCACCAGGAGGUACCUGCCGACAGAGCAAAAGAGCAAAGCCAAGCGUUGUCUUCUCUUGCUUGUUGGCAUCGUUUGCUUCCAGAUAUUGAAUGCAAUUGAGAACUUGGACGAUAAUGUCCUGAAGUAUGACUUGGAUGGACUGGAGAAAACAAUGCACCGGGAAGUCUUUGGGCAGACUGUGGCCAUCGAGAGCAUUAUGGCCUUGCUGAAAGACUACCUGGCAACACACAUACACAACAAGCCUUUGGUGAUUUCCUUCAAUGGGCCCAGUGGGGUUGGAAAGAGCCAUGUUGGCUGGUUGCUAGCCAAACACUUUCGGUCAGUCGUGGGUCACAAUUUUGUGCUUCAUUACUUUACGAUGCACCACUGCCCAGACAAUACUUCAUCUCUGACCUGCCAGCUGGAUCUAUCCAAGAAGAUCAGUGACAUGGUCACCCAAGCUGAAAUAGAAGAGAAGAUUCCUUUGUUUAUUCUAGACGAGGUGGAACUCAUGUCUCCGGCUCAGCUGGAGACCCUCAACAGAUUCUUCCAGACAAACCAAACCAAUGAGUUUCUGAAUGCCAUGUAUAUCCUAAUAAGCAAGGUGGGGGGUAAAGAGGUAACGAAUUUCCUCCUGCAGAAUGUUUCCACUGAUCUUCCACUGCCGCAAAACAAGGUGGAAGAGCUGCUGACCUCCCUCCGUUCCGUACUCAGUCAUGUCCAUCCUCUUUGGGGCUUUGUGGAGAUCGUUCCGUUUGUGUUGCUUGAGAAAGGCCACAUCCAGAGCUGCUUCUAUGAAGAAAUGAUGAGCGAAGGCAUUUACCCUGACCCAAGCCACAUAGAGAGUUUAGCCAGUCACCUCAACUAUUAUGUGGAAGGAGGGCAAAAAUAUGCUGUGAUGGGUUGCAAACAGGUAGUGGCUACAGUCAAUCUGCUGUAAGAGCUGAUAGAAAUUCCAGGCCAGAGGGCAUCUCUGAUCCUGGGAGGGAUGUCCUGAACUUGCUGAUGGUUGGGUUUUGUUCUCAAAUGAACAAGGAUGAGAAAUUGUUCAGUAAAAAAAGUCAGUAGAAAUUUAUGCCAGUUGACUGCUCCUCAGAGAUCCUUUGCUUCCACUUGUUCUUCCUCUCCCCGUAGAUAGUUCCAGUCCAUUUAUCUACUUUAUCAAGCUAGAACUGUGCAGGAAGUGGGCUGUGUGGAGCAUCUCUUUGGCAUGCAGAAGGGUCCCAGGUUCAGUCCCCGGUAUCUCCAAUUAAAAGAUCUCACAGUAGAUGAUGUGAAAGACCUUUGCCUGGGACCCUGGAGAGCCAAGGCCAAUCUGAGUAGACAGUACUAACUUUGAUGGACCAAGGGUCUGAUCCAGUAUAAGGCAGUUUCAUAUGUUCAUGUGUACAAAACAGUGUCUGCUUCCUAGUAAUAAUAUGAUUUCUUUAGUGUCCCAACAUGGGCAUCCCCUUCAUUCUACCAAAUGUUUGCUGAACACUGAAUCUUUUGUCAGAUUUAGCCUGUAUUUGGACUGGUAGCCUUCAGACCUCUGCACUGAUGCUCCACUGUGGUGAGCCACUCAAGGAUGGAGAACGAAAGGGAAAGAGGCAGUCCUCUUUAGGCUCUAUCUAUUGACAGCUCAUUGGCUCUCCUUGGUCUAGUUAGGUCAUAAGAGCUUCCAGAUCAGGCUUAUUUUAUUAUUUUAUGCUGACAAGCAUCUGGGCACAUAUUGAGCAAUGAGAAUCAAGUUUUUGUGCAGUUGAAUAUUUGGGUCUGAAUAAGGAUUUAAGUUAUUUAUUAAGGAAUCUAUGAGGGGAUAAAUAAGAAAAACGAAUGCCAUAUUUCUCUGCAAUUUUCCCCCCUGUAAUUUUUCUCUUCCCUUUCAUUAGAAAAGGUAAAAGAGUAUUGUGCUCUUAGAUGGGGGGAAGUGAGCUGUGUGUGUGUGUUGUAUAUUCUACAGUCUAUUUGUCCAAUUGAGAAAACAUCUUAAAUAAACUUUGUUCUGGUUUUGCCCAGAUA